UCUGCACCAGUCGUUCGCCGAGCAGCGCUUUUUUCUCGUCUGGUUUGCAUUGAGGAACGCUUGGGCUGAUUCUUUGAAAAAGUGUGGUCGUGCUUCGAGGUGAAACGGAAUAUAUCGUCCGCUCAGAGGAGCAAAAGUUCGCGCAGAAGAAGUCGGUGUUUUGAAAGAGUUCGAACAACUACAGUGCAUACAGGUAACCCGCAUCAUGACGUCAUCAGACCAGAAGGAUCACGUGGGACCCCGGUGACCGGAUGAGGCCCCGGAUGACGUCUAGCGUCAGAGUGCACGAACAGCAGCCCUGUUUCCGCAUCUCAUCGUCCAGCUCGCAGGAACGUAUGGAGACUGCUCUUGCAACGACUACAUAGUAGCCGCUGCGUCGAGAGUGAUGGCCGCUGUACGCCAGAUGUCGGUACCUCAAGAGGUCGUUGCCAGGGACAGGUCUCCUUCUCGUGACAGUCGGCGCAGAUCAUCCACCAGUCCUCGAAGACCCGCGGACACUACCGUCAUCGUCGCCGAACCCGCAAAGAGCGCCUCGCACCCUUCCAGCUUCAAAGUCAAGCUUACCAGGCGCGAUACGUCGGCAAAGAUCACCCCAGAGGUCACGACGCCACCUUCUUCCAGCAGGGCAUCGGUCUCAGAUACAGAAGCCAAGCCGUCAAAGACAAAGCCUCAUAAGGCAGCCGGUUGGAAAACCUCAAAGUUCUUCAGCAAGACCAUGUCUUCCGCCGAAUUGCUUCGAGGCCUGAAGAAGCUAUCCGUCACAUCUACGCCUUCCAGCGGAUCGGACGACCAGGACGGUAAGUCUUCCGGAGCAGGGAAAGUGAAGUUCUCGCUCAAGAAACGUAACUCUUCGAGUGACUCCGCGGUAAACAAGGACAGGUCUCCAGAAGGCUUGCGCAGCGGUGAAGGGUCGAGGAAGUCUUCGAGGGAAUCUUCAGACGGAUCUCCGAACGUCUCACCCAGGACGAGUAUUGACGAGGGGAUCGUUUGUAAGAAAGAAGACAUCCUGUCCCUGAUACACCAUAAUGUUAAGAAGAAACCGCAGUCUACCUCAGGCACGACAACGACGUCGCCUAAAAAGAUGUCGCUGAGAAACACACGUUCGGCAACAAUCGAUCCUUCGGGGAUGGCGGCCGAUGAGCAGCAAACGGACAAUAACUUGCCCAGGAUCGUCUCGACACCUCCAAUCUUGCGAAGAGGUUCCACGACACUAGAGCGCAGCACAAGCGAAGAAACGAAACCCACUAAAAGUAAAAGGAACAGCGUUCCAGGCAGGUCCUCUUCUCAAAAGACCUUGGACGAAACGACGUCCAAGCCGCUCGAGUCACCGCAAGAUACCAAAGACGUUCCCAAGAAAACGAAAAGGAAACAUUCCGCCGAUGCCUUGAAAGAAGCGAAGAAAGAUAGCACAGAAGGGGAGAAAGCUCAAGCGCCCACUGUCAAACCCAAGGAUGAAGACGACCCGGAAUCGCAGGUCAAAUGGGACGAAGGUAAUAUCGUAGAUGCGAUGCUCCUAGGAGAUGCCAUUGAAGCUUUCUUGCGAGGAUCAAUGGGAGGCGCUCCCAUAGCUCCAGCCACGCCCAAGAGGGUGUCUUUUAAGAAGACAUGAGACAUUCCUGUCAGUGACUCUGUGAGAAGGAAGUGACUUCAUUGCCUUUCUGUCGCCUUGCUGCACAGUGAUCUGCAAGCGGUAUAGAAGCUGCAGAAGCCCUGGAAAAGUGGAAACAGCUUGUGUGCUUAUGUAUAAUUCUUAAGACGUUCUUAGUUUUAAAAACCCAGUGACCUCGUCAUCUGUUAUCAACCUGAAAGCGUCGGGGUUAUGCCCGAAUAUUCGCGCAGACGUCUUUCUACAUUGCAGGCAAGUCACGCCACCUUAAAACGGCUUGCCAUGUAGCGCAGAGUGUCGUCUGCUCUGAAGUGUGACUAGAGGAUGAGUUCGUAAAUGUUUUCUCAAGGUUGCCGAGUGAAAAAGUAUAACUUUAUAUAAUAUUCGUAUUAUUUUCAAAAUGACAACCAUACAUUGCGGUAUCUUUAGAAGAUUGAAUACUAGUCAUGUGCCAACACUGU